CUUGUCUAUUUAUUUUUAUUUUUAAAAAAAUUUGGGGGCGGGGGGGGGGUAGCUAAGUCACACAUACACACUCUCUGAAGAGGCAUUCUGUGGAUUGUUGGCUGUGACUUUGGGUCACUGACAGACACACGUUGGAUUUAUUGGGCGUUCCGGGUUGCCUCAACGCCAGGAUGUGGUCGUGUAUCACGGACUUCUUCACCUACGAGACCACCAAGUCUGUGGUGGUGAAGAGCUGGACCAUCGGGAUCAUCAACCGCGUCGUACAACUCCUCAUUAUCACCUACUUCAUCGGGUCAGUAGUAUCACUCUAUGCACAUUCUGGAUCUCCCAGUGUGAGAAAUUGGUUGAAAGACGUCUUUUCAACGUCUUUUCAUUGGAGAAACAGGAAAAAGUAUUCGCAUACUUAAAGUCAGAUGCAAAUGUCUUAUAAUAAAGCUUUAUGUAUGUUCAACCUUUUUUCAACCAAAAUUAUGUAUUUUUAACGUCUUUCAACAUCUUUUCAACCAAACGUCUUUUCAACGUCUUGUGCUUAUGGAGCUGAAUCUUAUUAAUCUAUUGUUUGUUAAUUAGGAUAUAUUUUAGCCCAACAAAGGGCUAGUCUUCCAAGACUCAUAGAUCAUUCAUUAUUAUUUAUGUACUCUAUACGUAACAGAAAGAGAAGGGAAAAUGUGAUUGAAUGAUUUUCCCAUUAUGUUAUCUCAACCCCUCUCUCUCCAUCCCCUAAUCUAUCUCUUUCUAUUCCCCUUCUCUCUCUUCUUUCUCUCCUUCUUUCUCUCCUCUCCUGCACCUCUCUCAGGUGGGUGUUUGUGCAUGAGAAGGCGUACCAGAUCAGAGACACGGCUAUAGAGUCGUCUGUCAUGACCAAAGUCAAAGGCUUUGGACUCUACAACAACCGAGUCAUGGACGUAGCUGAGUACGUUACUCCCUCUCAGGUAACACACAAACACACGUAAAGAUCUGUACGCGUGCACGCACACACAUAGACACACACACAUGCGUGCACGUAGGUACCCAAGCACACACACACUGAGACAAUACUCUAUUGAUUAUGGUCUGAGAUAUUUGUAUUACUUGUGUUAAUGUUGGCAACUGGCAUUGAUUGAUAGCCUAAGGAGCCUUUGUAUAGUUUUUUUUAUAGCCUCUGUCUCCCCUGCUUGCUCAAUCUUUGUUUAUAUCUGGGUUGCUGUAAGCACUUUGUGGCUAAUGGAUUUGUUAAAAGCCCUUUAAAAAUCACAUAAUACUUAAUAGAAAAUGGAUACCAAAUAUUGAUACUGGUAUGUGUGGAUUAUGACAUCAGGUUUGAUGUGCUGGUCAAUGUAAAUGGUGUGUGUGUGUGUGUGUUGUGUGUGUGUGUGGUUGUGUGUCGUGUGUCGUUGUGUGUGUGUGUGUGUGGGUCUGUGUGUGUUGUGUGGUUGUGUGUGGUCUGACAGGGGGCCUCUGUGUUCUGCAUCAUCACUAAACUCAUCACCACAGAUAACCAGGUGCAGGGAUACUGUCCUGAGGUGAGACCACUUACUCUACCAUUGAGCCUGACUGGGGUAUGUUCUCUCUCUCUCUCUCUCUCUCUCUCUCUCCCUCUCUCUCUCUCUCUCUCUCUCUCUCUCUCUCUCUAUCUCUCUCUCUCUCUCUCUCUCUCUCUGUUGUCUGUGAUCUCUUGUCCUCUCUGUAUUCUGUGUCUGUCUGUCUGUCGUCGUCUGUCUGCCUGUCUCUCCUCGCUUCUCUCUCUCUCUCUCUCUCUAAUCUCCUCUCUCUCUCUAUCUCUCUCUAUCUCUGUCUGUCUGUCUCUCGUAUCUCUAUCUGUCUGUCGUAUGGUCUGUCUGGUCUGUAUGUAUGUUGUAUGGUCGUCUGUCUGUCUGUCUGUAAGGUCCUGCCCGGUCUCAUCAUCUUCAUCUAUCUCUCUAGCUCUCUCUCUCUCUCUCUCUCGCUCUAUCUCUGUCUGUUCUGUCUAUCUGUCUGUCCUGUCUUGUAUGUCUGUUUGUCUGUCUGUCUGUUCGGUCUGUUCUGUCUGUCUGUAUGCAUGUCUUCUCUCUUCUCUCUAUCUUAUCGCUCUCUCUAUCUCUCUCUCCUCUAUCUCUCGCCUCUCUCUCUCCUCUCUCUCUCUCUCUCUCUCUCUCUCUUCUCUAUCUCUCUCUCUCUCUCCUUCUCUCUCUCGCUCUCUCUCUCUCUGUCUGUAUGUUCUGUCUCUCGUAUCUCUGUAUGCCCUGUCUCUUCUGUCUUGUAUGUAUAUGCUGUCUCCUUCUCUCUCUACUCUCUCUCUAUCUCUCUCUCUCUCUCUCUCUCUCUCUCUAUCUAUCUCUCUCGCUCUAUCUCUACGCAUCUCUCUCUCCUCUCUGUCUCUAUCUCUAUCUCUGUUCUCUGUCUCUCUCUCUCUUCUGCUCCUCUUUCUCUUGUUCUCUUAUGUCUAUCCUCUCUUCUCUCUCUCUCUCUCUUUCUCUCUCUCUCUCUCUCUAUCUCUCUCUCUCUUCUCUCUCUCUCUCUCUCUCUCUCUCUCCUGUCUGUCUCUCUGUCUCUCUCUGUCUGUCUGUCUGUCUGUCUGUCUGUCGGUCUGUCUCUCUCUUCUCUCUCUCUAUGUCUGUCUGUCUGUUGUCUGUCUGGUCUCGCUCUCUCUCGCUCUCUCUCUCUGUGUGUCUGUCUCUCUCUCUGUCUCUCUCUGUCUCACUCUCUUGCUCUCUCUCUCUCUCUGUAUGUCUCUGUCUCGCUCUCUUGCUCUCUCUCUCUCUGUAUGGUGUCUUGUCUCUUUGUAGUCAUGUCUGUCUGUUCUCUCAUCAAUAUCAAAAUUAAGGGCUUUAUUGGCAUGGGAAAUGUAUGUUAACAUUGCCAAAGCAAGUGAAGUAGAUAGUAAACAAAAGUGAAAUAAACAAAAAAUAUUAACAGGAAAACAUUACACUCAGAAGUUCCUAAAUAAGAAAGACAUUUUGAAUGUCAUAUUAUGUCUAUAUACAGUGUUGUAACAAUGUACAAAUAGUUAGUACAAAUGGGAAAACAAAUAUAUAUGUGUUGUAUUUACAAUGGUGUUUGUUCUUCACUGGUUGCCCUUUUCUUGUGGCAACAGGUCACAAAUCUUGCUGCUUUGAUGGCACACUGUGGUUUUUCACCCAGUAGAUAAGGGAGUUUAUCAAAAUUGGGUUUGUUUUCGAAUUCUUUGUGGAUCUCUGUAAUCUGAGGGAAAUAUGUGUCUCUAAUAUGGUCAUACAUUUGGCAGGAGGUUAGGAAGUGCAGCUCAGUUUCCACCUCAUUUUGUGGGCAGUGUGCACAUAGCCUGUCUUCUCUUGAGAGCCAGGUCUGCCUACGGUGGCCUUUCUCAAUAGCAAGGCUAUGCUCACUGAGUCUGUACAUAGUCAAAGCUUUCCUUAAGUUUGGGUCAGUCACAAUGGUCAGGUAUUCUGCCACUGUGUACUCUCUGUUUAGGGCCAAAUAGCAUUCUAGUUUGCUCAGUUUUUUUGAUAAUUCUUUCCAAUGUGUCAAGUAAUUCUCUUUUUGUUUUCUCAUGAUUUGGUUGGGUCUAAUUGUGUUGUUGUUGUUGUCCUGGGGCUCUGUGGGGUCUGUUUGUGUUUGUGAACAGAGCGCUAGGACCAGCUUACUUAGGGGAUUCUUCUCCAAGUUAAUCUCUCUGUAGGUGAUGGCUUUGUAAUGGAAGGUUUGGGAAUCGCUUCCUUUUAAGUGGUUUGGAUUUUGAUAAUUAGCGGGUAUCGGCCUAAUUCUGCUCUGCAUGCAUUGUUUGGUGGUUUUCGUUGUAAACAGAGGAUAUUUUUGCAGAAUUCUACCUGCAGAGUCUCAAUUUGGUGUUUGUCCCAUUUUGUGAAUUCUCUCGCUCUCUCUCUCUCUGUCUGUCUCUUUGUGUCUGUCUAUCUGUCUGUCUCUCUGUCUGUCUGUCUGUCUGUCUGUCUGUCUGUCUGUCUGUCUGUCUGUCUGUCUGUCUGUCUGUCUGUCUGUCUGUCUGUCUGUCUGUCUGUCUGUCUGUCUCUCUCUCUCUGUCUCUCUUUGUGUCUGUCUGUCUGUCUCUCGCUCUGUCUAUCUAUCUCUGUAUGUUACUCUAACUCUGUAUUAUGUGUGAUACACAGAGUGAGAUGAAAUACAAGUGUACGCACGACAACAACUGCACUAAGUUCCUCAACAAGCCUGGGGGAAAUGGUGAGGUUCCUCCACUUUUUCUGUAUCAAUUCUCUUCCUUUUCUUAUUCUCUUUCCUUAAGAGGAUAGAAGAUGUUACGGAGUUCGCCAAAUAGUUGCUCCCAUGAGAAUGGUUUGGUCUUUGUCAUUUAUUGUCCCUAUCCGUCCUCCCCCUUUCUUUGUCAUCCUGUAUAUACUCCUUCUCUCUCUCUCUCUCUCUCUGUCUCUCUAUCCCCUACCUCUUUCUCCCUCUCUCUUUUCCCUCCCGCUCUCCCUCAGGUCUUCCGACCGGCAGGUGUGUACGUUUCAACGACACCCUCAACACCUGUGAGAUCAGAGGCUGGUGCCCUGCGGAGAUCGACUACAUCAAGACGUGGGUAACCGUGGUGUGUGUGUGUGUGUGUGUGUGUAGAUGAAGGAACAUGAUUCUCUUUCUGACCUUCCCUCAGGCAUCCUAUGAUGGAGGUGGAGAACUUCACCAUCUUCAUCAAGAACAGCAUCCGUUUCCCCCUCUUCAAUUUCACCAAGUAAGACUGAUGAUGAUGAUGAUGAUUAUGAUGAUGAUGAUGUUGAUGACGAUGAUGAUGACGAUGAUGAUGAUGACGACGAUGAUGACGAUGAUGAAGACGACGAUGAUGAUGAUGAUGAUGAUGAUGAUGAUGAUUAUGAUGAUGCCGAUGAUGAUGACGAUGAUGAUGAUGAUGAUGACAAUGAUGAUGAUGAUGAUGACGAUCAUGAUGAUGAUGACGAUAAAGGUGACAUUGGUGAUGAAGAUGAUAGUGAUAAUCAUGUAACAACUCUAACUGGUCCCCUCUCUCUCCUGUGUUUAUAUGUGCGUGUGUGCGUGCGUGUCUCAGGGGUAACUUCCUCCCCACCAUCACCCCUCAGUACAUCAAGGCGUGUAACUUUGACCAUGAGAACAACACCUACUGCCCCAUCUUCAGGGUGGGGGACGUCAUCCGCUAUGCACACCAGAACUUCACCAUGCUGGCACAGAAGGUAUGGUGGUUCACUCCCAGGUAUAUAUCAAUACUAGCAUAUUAACUUGACAUAUUUCUAUCACAGGAGGUUGGUGGCACCUUAAUUGGGGAGUACGGGCUCGUGUUAAUGACUGGAGUGGGAUCAGUGGAAUGGUAUCAAAUACAUCAAACACAUGGUUUCCAGGUGUUUGAUGCCAUUCCAGUUGCUCCGUUCCGGACAUUAUUAGCAGCCUCCUGGGAUUUCUAUUCACAGUUAUUUUUAUAUACUCACAUAUGAUGCUCUCUUUCUCUCUUUUUACUCCCCUUGGGCUAUAUUCACUCCUUCCCCUUUAGGCUACAUUCAUACGCUGCCUUUUCCCCCUUCUCAUACAGUAAAUAAUGAGAGAGAUGUUCUAAAUAUAUGUCAACCCCUUUGUACAGGGAGGGGUGAUAGGUAUAAAGAUUGGCUGGAUGUGUGACCUGGAUAAGUCAGAGGAUGAGUGUAACCCCUCCUACUCCUUCACCCGGCUGGAUGCCAUGUCGGAGAAGAACAGCGUCUCCCCCGGGUACAACUUCAGGUAGCCAUGACCUCUGACCUCUUCUAACCUCUGGCCUUUAGAGAGUGAGACCCAUAGAGAUACAUAGAGAUAUCUAGAUGGAUAUAACCCGUUUUUUGCAUGGACAUUGCCAUUGACGGCUUACACCAUUUUAAAGUAGUCAAAUGGGUGAGGAUUCCCAUGUGUUGGGAGCCAUCAGUCAAUGAUCAGAGAGAGCGUCUUCUUCAAAUUAGGUUGCCUAUGGUUAGUAAAUAAAAUCUCCCGAGUGGCGCAGUGGUCUAAGGCACUGCAUCGCAGUGCUAGCUGUGCCACUAGAGAUCCUGGUUCGAAUCCAGGCUCUGUCAUAGCCGGCCGCGACCGGGAGACCCAUGGGGCGGCGCACAAUUCGUCCAGGGUAGGGGAGGGAAUGGCCGGCAGGGAUGUAGCUCAGUUGGUAGAGCAUGGCGUUUGCAAUGCCAGGGUUGUGGGUUCGAUUCCCACGGGGGGCCAGUAUAAAAAAUAAUGUAUGCACUCACUAACUGUUAGUCGCUCUGGAUAAGAGAGUCUGCUAAAUGACUAAAAUGUAAUAAAUAGCUUUAUGCUAGAUCAGUGGUUCCCAACCUUUUUUAACUGUGGCACACCUUGAUGGUAUAAAGCACACCUAAAAUGUCCCUUAUAAUUGAUUUAGUGUAAAUUACCUCCAACUCAUCUGAUCCAAACUGCCAAUCUUGUUUUUUCAGAGACAAACGUUUUUAUAGAUUAAAUAGGGUUUAUUUGAACAAUUUUCAUAGUUCCUUACUCAUUAUGACAAAUUUUUCGGUACUCCUUUAAGAGCGUCCCGCGAAUCCGUGCUAAAAAUAAAAAAAUGUAGAUCUGGUGAAAUAGGUCAUUAGUUUUGAAUGGUUUGUGUUAGAGACAUUGGUUUUCUGCAUUGUAAAGGUGCAACAAGGGACAUUUACAUUUACGUCAUUUAGCAGACGCUCUUAUCCAGAGCGACUUACAGUUAGUGAGUGCAUACAUUAUUUUUUUCAUACUGGGAAUCGAAUCCACAAUCCUGGCGUUGCAAACGCCAUGCUCUACAUCCCUGCCGGCCAUUCCCUCCCCUACCCUGGACGACGCCGGGCCAAUUGUGCGCCGCCCCAUGGGACUCCCGGUCACGGCCGGCUACAACAGAGCCUGGAUUCGAACCAGGAUCUCUAGUGGCACAGUGAUGCAGCGCCUUAGACCACUGCGCCACUCAGGAGGGACACAAAGCCAUGCUCCAUAUUUUUCUAUGGCAGAGGCUGCGGUACAGCUAAGCCUAAUCAGACUUGCCUGUGCUAAUGGUUCUCAGUCACAGGCAAAGUAAAAUUAUACAAAUGACUUUGCUCCUGAUGCGUGCCCUUCAAAUGAUACAAAGUUAACAACAGCCUGAGCGCACCAGACUUCAAAUAAUGAUAAAGACGUAACCAUGUGUGUGCCAUUCAAUGUAUUAUCUGAGCGGCACUGGUGCUCCUAAUUCAAAAUUCCUUGAGCAUUUCACAGGUCACGUUUAUAAGUGAGUGUUCCAAAAAAUUAUCCAGAUUAGGAAAAGUAACACCGUUCCUCAAGGUACACCAGUUGAAAACCACUGAGCCAGAUCACCGCCAUCUAGUGGCCACAAUAAAUGAAUGACACAAGAUUUGGUUCAGGACUCCAGCACUACAGGUUGUGAUAAAACAACAAUAUUAGCUUUACGCUUUUUCGAAACACAAAAGAAGAAGAAAAUUGACUUCGUCAGAAUGGAGAUAGCCUCAAUGGCUGUCACUGAUGCCAUAAUGGCACAAAUACAAAGAUGAGAUCUCUAUGGUGAGCCCUUGACCUUGAGUAGAGGCGUGUCCCACGGGUACAACUUCAGGUAGCCAUGACCUCUGACCAAGUAACCCCUUGACCUUGGCUCUUUGUAAAUUGUCUAAAACUAGUGACUCAGGGUAGGAUAAACUGUCAACCAAUGUGCAUUGCCCAUGUCCUUACUCUCUGUCCAUGUUGGGCUGAUAGGUAUGCUAAGUACUACAAGAUGGACAACGGGACAGAUUACCGUACUCUGCUCAAGGCCUAUGCCAUCCGGUUUGAUGUGCUGGUCAAUGGAAAUGUGAGUGUUUUUGAUGCUGUGUGUGCGUGUGUACGAGUGUGUGCGUGUGUCUGUCUGUCUCUGUCUGUGCGUGGAUGUGUGUUUACUUCUGUAAAAUACUUAAUUUGUUUCUUACAGGCAGGGAAGUUUAACAUGAUCCCUACUCUGAUCAACAUGGUAGCUGCCUUUACGUCAGUUGGAGUGGUGAGCCCUGCUUUUCAGUCGCUACCUUCUGACAAUUGUAUCCACACAGUAUCCACACCUCUAGGCUAGUUGACAAAGUUAUUCUCUUCUCUUCUCCUCUCUUCUCCUCUCUUCUCUCUUCUCAUUUUUUCAAUUCCAUUCUAUUCUAUUCUACAACCUUGUUUUCUUUGUCUGCCUUGGAUUGGUCGCAGGGCACCGUGCUUUGUGACAUCAUCCUCUUGAACUUCCUGAAGGGAGCAGAGCAAUACAAGGCCAAGAAGUUUGAGGAGGUAAAGUUUGAGGCAAGACACCAACCCUGCUUACUGUGAUAUAGAUAUUUAUCUUACUGACCAGUGUCAGCCUUUGCAGGCCUGGGGCCGCAUCUCAGAGUAGGAGUGCUGAUCUAGGAUCAGCUCACCCCUGUCCCAUGAUCUUAUUCAUUGUGAUCUAAAAGGCAAAACUAAUUCUAAAUCAGUACGCCUACUCUGAGGAUUAGCCCAGAGGAAUAGUUGAAACUAAGGGGCAAAUCCUAACUUCCACUUAAGUCAUGCAUUGAUAUCAACUGGAGACUAAGUGAAAAUGUGGCUUAAGUGGAAAAUAGGAAUCGCCUGACUGUGAUGUGAUGCUGAUGUUCUCCUGAUGUUCUCCUGAUGUGCUCCCAAUCUUCCAUUUACCAUUAGGUAUCAGACACGGAGAUCGAGAACUCCAUAUCCAGCAACGAGCUGUAUCGGAGUAGAGAGCUGAUUGGAGUAGAGAAGCAGUCAAACGACUCAGGUGCCUUUUCCAUUGGACAAUACGGCUAACGGACAGUCUGUAAAGCCAAUGGAAUGGAGUGUUCGAGGGGAAAGGGGCGGGUGAUGGCAAUUUGUAGGUUUAGGGUGAUGUUGCGCCUAGACCCUAAUCUUGGGUCAGUUUAACAUUUCCCCCACUAAUGGUUAUAGUUAGGAUUGGGGAAGCUGAUCCUAGAUCUGUACCUAGGGGACACUUCACCCCGGAUAGAGAAUGCAUGUAUAUAUAGCAUUGUAAUAUUCCUAAUAUUUCACAUUAACCUGUAAUUUACCUGUAAUAUUUUCAUAGUGGAUGUUGUAUGUGUAAUCCUUAACUUUGCAUGUGACCCACCAUGGACUAUUGUAUUUGAACUCAUACCUCUACAAAGUGUUAAAGUCUACCAACAAUUUAAAUAAAAUGAUGUCACAAAAAUGUGAUUCUGGUUUGAUUCUGCCAGAAACUCAAAUCCUGCUAGAAACAUACAAACAACAACUCUAGUUUUUUACUUGCUUAACACUCUUUAUUUAUAUAUUUUUUAAUGCAUUUUUCAGUUUGCUAAAAGCAGGCACAUCUCUCUGUGGUUUGGUUUCACAAUGGGAGAUCUGUGGGUUGGGAUUGUUGGGGAAAGGAGCAGGGUGAGUCCCAAAUUGCACCCUAUCCCUUAUAGUGCACUAUUUUGACCAGGGGGCCCAUGGGGCUCUGGACAAAAGUAAUGCACUCUAUAGGGAAUAGGGUGUCAUUUCCAUCACAACCCAAGAGAGAGGAGCAGGGGAUUGGAUUGGUGUCACACAGACAUACACCCAGUCUAUACUAACAUACCACUUAGAAGGCAAGCCCAAUACAAUGCUGCUUCAUACUAAGUAUGUGAGUGUGAAUAUUGGAAAAGACCCACAGUCGCUCUCUCUUCGUCCUCAAACUCUGUUCUUGAAGGAGCACACGUAGCUCUUCUUGGUGAAACGUGUGGUCGUUCCACUUCCCAAUUCCUUGGAGAUAGAGAACGAACAGACAGACAGACAGACAGACAGACAGACAGACAGACAGACAGACGUUCAAAUGUGUGAGUUCAAAAUACCAUCUCUUCCCUCCACCAUUCAUUCCAACUUCCUCCCCACCACCUUCCAUGAAAUGUUUCUUUCACGUUUUUGUCAUUUUAGCAGUUAGCCAGUGCAUUCAACUAAGGUAGGUAAAAACAAACAUAUAUCACAGCCAUUGCAAGUAAAAACCAUCCAUCCCGCUCUCCUUCCAAUCACUCCUCCCUCCAUCCCUCUUUCCAUCUCUUACUGCUCCAGUUCAUCUCCACACAGUCCUCGUGGUUCAUCCAGCGGGCGAUGGGCUCCCCUUGAGGUCCACGCAUCGAAGUUCCAGUUGGAGCCGUCAGUCCACACAAACUUAUCAGACUUAGAGAAGGAGGGAGUGAGAGAGAGAGAGAGAGAGAGAGAGAGAGGUGGAUAGAGGAAGAGCGAGGGGAGCGAUAGAAAGACAGGUGGUGAGAAAAUAUGUACAGUGCAUUUGGAAAGUAUUCAGACCCCUUCACUUUUUCCACAUUUUGUUACAUUACAGCCUUAUUCUAAAAUUGAUUAAAUAAAACAUUUUCCUCAUCAAUAUACACACAAUACCCCAUAAUGACAAAGUGAAAACAGAUUUUUAGACAUUUUUACAAAUGUAUAUAAAAAAAAAAAAACUGAAAUACCUUAUUUACAUAAGUAUUCAGACCCUUGCUAUGAGACUCAACAAUUGAGCUCAGGUGCAUCCUGUUUCCAAUGAGCAUCAUUGAGAUGUUUCUACAACUUGAUUGGAGUCCACCUGUGGUAAAUUCAAUUGAUUGGACAUGAUUUGGAAAGGCACACACCUGUCUAUAUAAGGUCCCACAGUUGACAGUGCAUGUCAGAGCAAAAACCAAGCCAUGAGGUCGAAGGAAUUGUCCAUAGAGCUCAGAGACAGGAUUGUGUCGAGGCACAGAUCUGGGGAAGGGUACCAAAAAAUAUCUGCAGCAUUGAAGGUCCUCAAGACAAGAACACAGUGGCCUCCAUCGUUCUUAAAUGGAAGAAGUUUGGAACCACCAAGACUUUUCCUAGAACUGGCCACCCGGCCAAACUGAGCAAUCGAGGGAGAAGGGCCUUGGUCAGGGAGGUGACCAAGAACCCGAUGGUCACUCUGCCAGAGCUCCAGAGUUCCUCUGUGGAGAUGUGAGAACCUUCCAGAAGGACAACCAUCUCUGCAGCACUCCACCAAUCAGUCCUUUUUGGUAGUAGCCAGACGGAAGCCACUCCUCAGUAAAAGGCACAUGACAGCCCAAUUGGAGUUUGCCAAAAGGCACCUAAAGGACUCUCAGACCAUGAGAAACAAGAUUAUCUGGUCUGAUGAAACCAAGAUUGAACUCUUUGGCCUGAAUGCCAAGCGUCACGUCUGGAGGAAACCAGGCACCGCUCAUCACCUGGCCAAUACCAUCCCUACGGUGAAGCAUGGUGGUGGCAGCAUCAUGCUGUGGGAUGUUUUUCAGCAACAGGGACUGGGAUAUUAGUCAGGAUCGAGGGAAAGAUGAACGGCGCAAAGUAAAGAGAGAUCCUUGAUGAAAAACAGUCUCAGAAUGUCCAUGAGUGGCCCAGCCAGAGCUCUGACUUUAACCCGAUCCAACAUCUUUGGAGAGACCUGAAAAUAGCUGUACAGCGACGCUCCCCAUCCAACCUGACAGAGCUUGAGAUGAUCUUCAGAGAAGAAUGGGAUAAACUCCCCAAAUACAAGUGUGCCAAGCUUGUAGCGUCAUACCCAAGAAGACUCGAGGCUGUAAUCACUGCCAAAGGUGCUUCAACAAAGUACUGAGUAAAGGGUCUGAAUAGUUAAGUAAAUGUGAUAUUUCUGUUUUUUUUCUUUCUAAAGCCCUGUUUUUGUCAUUAUGGGGUAGUGUGUAGAUUGAUGAGGAAAAAAAACAAUUGAAUCCAUUUUAGAAUAAGGCUGUAACGUAACAAAAUGUGGAAAAGGUCAAGAGGUCUGAAUACUGUAAAUGUAGAUAUUAAGAUAGAAGUCAUGUUCAAAGUUACAUAUUGUGCUGCAAAGCUUCUCUCUUUCCCCUUCUACCGAACAUGUCACUCUUUCCUCCCACACUCAUUUACCUCCCUCCUCCAUCCACCCACUAUCCACUCUGUCCGCUCUUCAUCACUCCCUCUCUCCAUCCAUCACUCUUCCUCUCCUACCUGGAAGAGUUUGAAGCCUCUGGAGUAUCUGAACAUUUAUAGCUUUGGCUGAGGUUUUCAUAUUGUUGGUUAAAUGAACUUUGCUCUGCUGUGCUGAAACAUCUGGAAAGUGUUACUAUAGGGGCCCCCUAAGAUGGUGGACAUUGGGAUAUGUGGAGGCCAGGGAUUGGUCUAUUCAAAACACGCCAUCUUAUGUUACAUAGGGUAUAUAUACCAUGUUUGAACAAAGGGACGAAGAGUGAUCAUAUUUGAGAUUGGGUUUGUUGCUCUCCAGAUUCUGCAGAAAUCUGUAAAUUGAUGCUGAAAUCCUUGAUAUAAUAAACCUUUAUAAUCAAGUACAGUGUCAGCGGAUUCCUUGUCAACACAGCAUCUCAGCAUCGUUGUUCGGCCACCACACCUCCUAGCCUGAUGUGAGGGCGUUUGGCAUAAUGCUUCUUCCCUUACUCUCUUCCCCACAUUCAUUAAUCUCCCUUCACCCCCUCUCUCCAUCACCCUUCCUCUCCUACCAGGAAGAGUUUGAAGCAUUCAUCGUCAUCACCACGCAAAGCAGGUCAGCGUUGGCUGUUUGUUAUGCACCGACACCAGGUGGCCACCGGGGGCAGCAGACCUGCACUUCAUCUGAGAGGGAGGAAAGAGAGGAGGAAAAGAAAGAGAAAAUAGGUGGGGGGAAGAGAGUGAAUGAGUGA